ACCAAUGGCGUGAUCAGGGCUUUACUGUUUAGUCAGCCCCUUCCUCACAGGAGAUUCCUCUGGUGAGGAACAGCGUAGACAAGGGUUAGCACGGCUACGAGAUCAUCACCAGAUAGAAUUAGGACCGAGAUUUUCUAGACCUACAGCAUCAGUUCAUAAUCCCAGCUAGGACCAUUGUGUAGUAGCCAUGUCUGUAGCGGGGCUGAAGAAGCAGUUUCACAAAGCCACUCAGAAAGUGAGCGAGAAAGUUGGAGGAGCUGAAGGAACGAAGCUCGAUGAUGACUUCACUGAAAUGGAAAAGAGGGUGGACACCACCUCUCGGGCGGUGCAGGACAUCAUAACCAAGACCACCGAGUAUCUGCAGCCAAACCCAGCCACCAGAGCCAAGAUGAGCAUGAUGAAUUCCAUGUCGCGUAUGCGGGGCCAGGAGAAGGGGCCGGGCUACACACAGACCGAGACCAUCCUGGGAGAGUCCAUGCAGAGGUUUGGCAGGGAGCUCGGAGAGGAGUCCAGUUUCGGCCUCGCUCUGAUCGAUGCUGGGGAAACCAUGCGUGAGCUGGGAGACGUUAAAGAUGCUCUGGACAUGGAGGUCAAGCAGAACUUCAUUGAUCCUCUGCAGAACCUCCAUGAGAAAGAUCUCAAGGAGAUCCAGCAUCACCUAAAGAAACUGGAGGGUCGCCGUCUGGACUUUGAUUAUAAGAAGAAGCGUCAGGGCAAAGUGACAGAGGACGGGAUCAAGCAAGCACUCGAGAAAUUCGACGACUCCAAGGAGAUUGCGGAGCAGAGCAUGUUCAACCUGUUGGAGAGUGAUGUUGAACAGGUGAGCCAGCUCGCUGCUCUGGUCCAUGCUCAGGUGGAGUACCACAGCCGGGCCACUGAGAUCCUCACACAGCUCUCCAGUAAGAUCGAUGAACGGAUAAGGGACGCUUCUAACAAACCGAGGAAAGAGUUCGUUCCUAAACCACGAACAUCUCUGGACAUCACCCUCAGUGAGAAUCACAAUGGAGGCAUCCACAGUGCUCGCUCUCCAGGGCCGAGGUCUCCAGCAAGAUCUCCAGGCAGGUCUCCAGCCUUUAUGGACCAGCCCUGCUGUCGUGCACUGUACGAUUUUGACCCUGAGAACGAAGGCGAGCUAGGCUUCAAGGAAGGCGAAAUUAUCACCCUGACCAAUAAGAUCGAUGAAAACUGGUAUGAGGGGAUGCUGCAUGGCAACUCCGGCUUCUUUCCCAUCAACUACGUGGAUAUCCUGGUGCCGCUGUCACACUAGGACGUCACGCCUACCAGCUGCAUCUACAACAGUGGAGAAAAAAAAAUC